CCUCGGCGUCUCUACUCCACAGGCUUUUACUUUCAGUCUCGGACACACUCUGUGAUCGGCGCUGGUCACGAACACUUCGCUCACCGGACAGCUCUCUGUUUGCUCACACGUCAAACGGGAAAACAAUGGUUUUCUGUAGAAUAUUUUUGGUUGUUUCUUUGGCGAAUUUCCUUCGUGACUUCCAUGUGUCCAGCUGUGAUCCAAGCUGUGCAGAGAAACCUGAAUUCACUCCUUCCAGACUGGUUGUGAAGUAUGGUGACGCAACCUCUGCCAGAUGCUCCGUGUGCGAGUCUUGCUCAAAAGAAACUUUUGAUUUAGAAAGAGCUCUGGGAGACCAUACAACAAAUGGAACCACAAUUGUAUGGAAGGUUAAAAAUAUGACUGAAUGGGACACAACUACAACGUGCUAUUUUACUAAUGCUACUGAUCACCAGUGUUGCACCGUCCUGCCUAUAACUGUGUACAAGCCUCCAAACCGUGUCUCCAUCAGCUUUCUUAAUCACACUGGGCCGAUGUUCAUGGGCCAUGACUACACUCUGCAGUGUGAAGUACAGAAGGUUGCUCCGGUUGAAAAGCUCAGUGUGACCUUCUACAGAGGACAAACAGCACUGGCUCAACUACAGUCCAACAACAAACAGAAGAAACCAGUGACUGAGAUCUUCUCUCUGAGCAUCACCCCCAGAAAAGAAGAUAAUGGACUCCAGUACUGGUGCGAGGCCAAGCUGGAACUGGGACCUGAAGGACCAGAGCUCCCUCCACUGGUGACAUCACAAAGAGCCACUGCCACUGUUUUCUAUAAACCUCAUCUAGAGACAUCAGAUCCAAAGACUGUCACCAUCACAGAGGGGGAACGUCUACAACUGAACUGCACAGCUGUGGGAAACCCCAGCCCCUUAUACACCUGGAAAAUCCCGCCAGCUAGUCCUUCCCCCUGGAAUAGCAGCGUUAUCACUAUCGAAUCUGUAGCUUUUGAGCAUGGAGGCCAGUACACCUGUGAUGUUAGAAACAACGUGGGGGAAAUCACUGUGAUGUAUAAUGUUGAUGUCAAAGCCGACAUCAUCCCAUACAUUAUAUACGGGGUAGUAGGAGGUGGGCUUCUGCUUAUCUUCUUCUCAACGAUAUUAUUAAUCCACUUCUACAAACACAACCGAAUGGGACAGUACAAUCUGAAGGACGUUUUUCGUUUGCACACACGACACGUUGCUGUGCCCAUCACAGAGUAAGUCUGGGAAAGUAUGAAAUGUGCACGGACACUCUGGAGCAGUUGUUUUGUACAUAACUACAGCGUUUAAGAUGUCAACCAUCACAUCCAAUGUUUGGCAAUGGAUUCUUGUUACAUCUCCCUCACCCUCAUUUCCUCUCAUCUCUCUACUGGCGCUAUCUGAUGACAUAAAAUACCCCAAAUAAUAUGAUAAAAAAAAGAGUUUAAGUCAAGUUUGAACUUGUGUAACCUAAGUGAUGAGUUGAACAAGUCACUAGACUCAACUGCUGUGUUUGUGAAAGCUUCAGUUUGCUGUUAGGCACAGCUGUAUUUAGCCCGACCCCACCAGAAGUCUCUGUGUCUCAAGUCAACUCAUACCUUGUGGUUAAACUUAAGUUUUAGGCCAUAGACUGAUGUAUUAAAGGAGAGCUGUCUACACCAAAGGGUAUUUCAAAAAGUGUGAAGCAAAUAUCAUAUUUUGUGGCACAUUUUGUUUGUUUUUUUAAGUCAGAGAGGAUUGUUUGUUGUUGUUUGUCUGCCAAAAUUGUGUUAUUCUAUAUUUCUAUUGUUGUUGACGGAUUCUAUAAAAAGAUUAAAACCAACAAUGUGUUAAUCUCUCAAUACUUCAGUACUUUCCUAUGUACUGUCUGUGGCACUCAGACCCAAGCCCAUUCAUUCCUGCUGAAGACAUGAAACAAGUAUAUUUAUAAAAAAAGGUUCAGCAAUUUCAUAAUACAGCUGAGCACAGUUGUUUUUAGCAAACAUUAUUGACAAAACUUAGUUGUGCUUUUGUUGAGGCUCUCAAAAUUAAGCCACUUUAGGGCCCACUUAAGUUUUAUAAUGUCUGCAUUGUAUCAAACAGAUUCGUAACUGGUUACCACAAAAUAUUUUCCACACAGACACCUGGGGUCUUCUUCUUGAGUAAGAUUAGCUCAUGGUUUUAGUCUUUUCAUGGGAACUGAAUGAGAAAAAUAUAGAAUAUCAAAAGCCUUAUUCUUGAACUAAUGAGUUUGGUACUGUACAAGGAGGGCCUGUGGCUAUUGCUGUCAUUUGUGUGUCUUACUGUCCUCUGUUUGUAUUCCUAACCUGUCAUUUCAUUGGCUUUAGAACACCCACACUGCGUCACACUGGCACAUUUACAUGUAAAUGUAGAUUAAUGUGCAUUGUUAUUGCUGUUUCACAUAAUUUUAACCAGUUUCAACUGCAGUUGUAUUGGGGUAGUGGAUGAAAAAGGAUGAAAUUCUCUAAGUAUAUUGAAACAGUGCAGAUUGUUUGAUAAUAACAUGUGAAAGUAUUAGAUGAAAGUAGUGUAUAAAUAAAGAAGACUUUCUUUUUCUUUGCAAUUACUAAAAAAGUUAAUUGCAACAUCACUACUAUUUUGUCAUUUACAAAGGGAAGUGGGAAAUUAUGUUCAUGCUAACAUAUCAGUAUUAUGCAUUGUUCUUUUGUUCAGGUGAACAUGCUGUUUUGCUGUUUCUCAUGAUUUUAUUUUGGGUAUAUUACUACAAAGAACUUCAUAGCCUUAUAUAGAGAAGUGCUACAUUGAGGAAGUUAAAUAUGUGAAAACUGAAGUUCACAGCUGCUACUAUACCACAGAAAGCUUGAGCCUGACCUCAACCAACUUCCAUCAAAAGUUCCUGUGUGAAUUUACUCACUGUGUGUAUGGCAUGAUUCAUACAAGCAAAUGCUGUAUAAUGAUGAACUUUACACUGGAACUUAAGUAAGGAGAUAUAAGCUUCGAUCAGUUUAUUUUUAAAGCAUGAAUAAAUGGUAUCACUUC